CAUGACUGUUCAUUUUUUUGAUUCAAAAAUCAUAGGAACUGUCGAAUCAAUUCACGUGUUCACCAUCUGCCGCCCUAGUAAGGAAAACUCGACAAGAUGGUGCUCGAAGAUAGGGGUGUGCCUUAUGCGAUGAAGCCUCGUGACGUUUCAAGAGAGGAGUAUCGAAAUCUAACCGAAGGCUUCAGCUGCACAAGAAAUAGAGUCUUCAAUGUGGGACCGCAGGUAAGCCUAAAUCGACUACUUCUCAUCUACAUCGGCUUUUACAUGGUUUUUAUAGAAUCAAUCUAUUGUCUCCAUAUAGGCAUAGGAAAAAAAUAUUGCUCGUCUCACUUCCACAUUAUUGCGAGUAUUCGCGCGUGAGCGAUACUCUUUUUAUACAAAAUUGAACUUGAGGAUUUCUUUGUAAGCAACAGCUCACCUUUCAACUCAGGUGGGCACGUUCAACUUGAAUGCGGACCGAGCAUCAUCGUCAGCAUGCAAGACACUCGAUCCUAGAGGUACUGAGACCUAUUACUUCGUGUAUUCAAAAUCAGAAAAAUACGUCUAUCGAAUCAGAAAAUAUGUAUAUCGUCGCAUAUUUUAAGUACAACCAUGUAUUCGUAUGCGUCACAGGUGAGUACGACGCCAGUACGCACAAGAUUCGGUACGAGCCAAUACCCGAAGGCAUGGCGAAGAAUGGUUGGCCGAAGCAGGUGCGCGGUGGACGCAUAAUGGACCACAUCGAGCCGUCAGACACGCAGCGCCGAAAACACGGCGCCUUAGACCGAAAUAUCGCGGGUGACAACACAGUACAGGACCAAUUCAACUCCUAUGUUGGAUACGACUCGUCCUACUAUGGCGGAAACGUAGGGUCACGCAACGCAAUGCAGUAUGAUGCGAGCAAAAUGCCGAGCCAAAAGUAAGUUGUAAGUACAACUGAGUAAGUACUAGACAUAUCUCGGGGGGAAAGAAGAAAGUUGAGGAGAAUAGAGUGAUAAAAGUAUAUCUCCGUCGUGCAUAGGAUCCUCAUGAAAACAUGUGUAGAAAAUAUCUGAUAUGGUCGUUGUGAUCGCCGGGCACGUCACAGUGCAAAGAGCAUUUCAUCCUGUUUUUACGCUACUCAUGUUGGGAAUUGAUUUUGCACAAAAUGUUCCAGUAUUCUUAAAUGCUUCAGUCGUAAAGUCUCCGAUUUUUGCAACUACUGUCACUCGAACCUAAACCUGAUAAGAUGAUUCAAUCACCUGAUGUAUUAGCUCAUCAAUGUAGUUUUUUUUUGAAAAUCCUGAAAUUAACUAACACCUUGGAACUAAAGCAGCACUUACCCUCUACUGUGGCUGAUUUCCUAUUUACUAUCCCUACUUGACAAGAAUGAACUAUCUGACAAGCGUGAUAUUAACAUUUCAAUUUGCGACCUUGAUUUAAUGAUUCGUUGGCUCUUGAAAUUAAAUGGGACUACUUAAGUUGUUGGAAUUGACUUUCAGUCUCGUGAAAUUAGGUCGAACUACUUCUACUCUGUUCCUCCUAACAUGAAUUUCUGUGUUCCGGAAAUUCGUAAAGCGUAUGGCAGCACAACCCUGUG